AAACGUCGCUAUAAUACAAAAAUUGUCAUAUCGUUUCUUCAAAGAAAGUUUAAAAUGCGCAGCGGUUUUUGGAAAUAUGUAUUAUUACUCGUCGCAGUUGCUGCAUAUUGCUCUGGAGGUAAUCCUAGUGUUCCAGAACAAGGGCAGUCCCAAAAUUUCAACUUUUUGGUAGAAGUGGUAAGACAAGACACAAAGGAAAGAGUAGCUGUGGGUACCCUGUUAUCUCCUACCCGAGUUUUAACUUCACCGAAGGCAUUGGAUUUUAACACAUCAGGUUAUGAAGUCCACGUAACGACACGACAUAAAGAACGAUUUAUUAUUUCUUCUGUAUUGUCCGCUAUGGGACAAGGGGCACUGUAUCUUGGAGCUUCGGCUGCAGCAUCGACACUGGGCAAUAUCAUUGUUAAUCAUUUUAAAAAUCCACCCUACGAUGACUACCUAGUGCACCUGAGAAUGAAACAAAAUCGGUUUAAGAAAUGCGAUAUUGCUAUCCUAACCAUAAAACCAACACAACCGGUCUCUCGCGCAGAUUUAACAUUUGUGGAACUGUCAUCAAAAUCGUCACGGGCUUUAGACAAAGAAGCAGACACACCUUGUAAAAAAGCCAGUGUUUUAGGUUGGAAAGAAAGAGCUACAGUGGAUCUUAUUGGGACGAAGAAGUGUGCAGAAAAAAUCAACAUUCAGUCAAAGGGCGAACAUUUCUGCAGCUUAAACGAGGAAAAUUUAUUUUGCGAUUCAAAUCAACAAGGCAGUCCAGUCAUGUGCGGCGAUUUGCAAGUUGGUAUGUUGAUUCCUGGGCGUUACUGCUACGGAACUGAAAACAAUCUACCUGGAGAGCCACUUCAGUUUGUUCGCAUUGAAGAUUAUAUUGAUGGCAUCGCCAAAGCAAUGGAACCACGAGAAGAUGAAAAACCACUACCAAAUGAUAAUUCAACAGUACCAACACCAACAACUGUCAGCGAGGGAAUUUGCUUCAAACCCUAUACAAAUAUUUUUGUUUUAUUAUGGAUUGCUAUAUUAUUGUACAUUUUUAUUUGAAACAAUAAAUAGCCAUUGUAUUUC